CUCCGCUCCUCCCUGGCGGUCUCUCGCCAGGCUUUGGAGCGCUCAGAAAAUUAACUCAUAGCGUUUGCGGUUUUCGCCAAGGGCUGGAGAUAAUUCUCCAGUCUCUCGAGCACGUUCACUUCCUUAAACUCGAAUUCAAGUUUCAGACGUCUCUUUCCCCACUUCUCAGAUGGGGAAACUGAUGCCUGGAAGGGAUCUGUGACUCUCUCAAGAGCAUGCAUCUUCCACAUUGUUUCAAAGUAUCUCCCCACAGAUUAAUCUCUGCAAGAAGAAAUGAACUAGAGUCCUCCACUCCAAGAUGUUCAAAUAAUUUUAUGCAUUUCAGCAUUUAAGAACCAUGCUCAGAAAUCUGCCUCCACAACUAGAGACAGGAAUCGUCAUCCCUGUUGAACGGAUGAGAGAGACUGCGGCUCCAGGAGGUUAAGGCAGCUUGUCUACACUCAAACAGCUAACACAAGUAGAGCGGGGAUCACAAUUCACAUUGGCCUGUUUUCCUGUGCCCUCUGUACCCAAUGCAAUGUUGGGCCAUACCCUGCCCCAAAGCUUUCGAAACAUGCAUACACCCUUCCUUUCUGGCUUUUUCUGGAAGUGAGGCUGGCCUGCCAUCCCAAGGGCCCAACACUAUCCAGCUGACAAAGAUGGAAUACGCCAUGAAGUCGCUCAGCCUUCUCUACCCUAAGUCCCUCUCCAGGUGCACGGCAGUGAGCACUUCGGUGGUGACCCAGCAGCAGCUGUCGGAGCCCAGUGCAGAGGCCCCCAGGGCCCGGCCCUGCAGAGUAACCACUGCUGACCGGGGUGUGAGGAAGGGCAUCAUGGUGCACAGUCUUGAAGACCUCCAUGUCAAGGUCCGGGAUACCCUGAUGCUGGCAGACAAGCCUUUCUUUCUGGUGCUGGAGGAAGAUGGCACAACUGUAGAGACAGAAGAGUAUUUCCAAUCCCUGGCAGAUGACACCGUAUUCAUGGUCCUCCACAAGGGGCAGAAAUGGCAGCCCCCAUCAGAACAGAGCACUAGGUACCAGCUCGCCCUCUCCCGCAAGCCUGCCAAGAUCGAUGUGGCCCGAGUAACCUUCGACCUAUACAAGGUGAACCCACAGGACUUCAUUGGCUGCCUGAACGUGAAGGCAACUCUCUAUGGCACAUACUCCCUGUCCUAUGAUCUGCACUGCUCCGGGGCCAAGCGCAUCAUGAACCUUCCCAGGCAUCAGCUGCAACGUCGAGGCGCCAGCAAACCGUCGGAUCCCCCGGGUGACCAGCCUUUCCCAGGACUGCUGAGACCAGAGACCUUCAGUCGGGAAGAACUGGUCGAUGUAUUGAGGGCGGCUGUGGUGGACCGUAAAGGACCUCUGGUGACAUUGAACAAGCCACAGGGUCUGCCAGUGACAGGAAAACCAGGAGAGCUGACGUUGCUGUCAGUGCUGCCAGAACUGAGCCGGUCCCUGGGGCUCGGGGAGCAGGAGCUCCAGGUUGUCCGAGCAUCUGGGAAGGAGGCCUCUGGGCUUGUGCUCCUCUCCAGUUGUCCCCGGACAGCAAGCCGCCUCCAGAAGUUCUUCACUCACUCACAGAGAGCCAGGAGACCCACAGCCACCUACUGUGCUGUCACUGAUGGGAUCCCAGUUACUUCUGAAGGGAAGAUCCAAGCAGCUCUGAAACUGGAACACAUUGAUGGGGUCCAUCUCGUUGUUCCAGUGCAAUCCCCAUCCCGAAAGGACAUCAUGGAAGGUGUCAAGAGGACCCUUAGCCACUUCCGUGUGGUUGCCACGGGCUCUGGCUGUGCCCUGGUCCAGCUGCAGCCACUGACAGUGUUUCCCAGCCAGCUACAGGCACACAUGGCCCUGCAGCUCUGCCCUGUGCUUGGGGAUCACACAUACUCUGCCCGCGUGGGCACUGUCCUGGGCCAGCGCUUUCUUCUGCCUGUUGAGAGCACCAGGCCCCAAAGACAGGUCCUGAAUGAAGCCCUCCUUGGCCGCCUCUGCCUGACCCCCUCCCAGGCCGCCCGGUUGCCCCUGCACCUCCAUCUGCACUGUCUUCACCUCCCAGGCGCCAGGCCCAGGGACCCACCCGUUGAGCUUCUGGCUCCUCUGCCCUCUUACUUCUCCAGGACCCUGCAGUGCCUGGGGCUCCACUACCAAUAGUCUUGCUGGAAAGCAGCUGGGGUGGGAGGCGAAUGGGCUGCGGUCAGGCCCAAGAGUGUGGUCAGUGCUCAGCAUGCAGUCAGACCACCGUGUCAGAUGCUGGGCGCUCUAGUGGGAUAGAUCUGAGAUUGCAUCCUAAGGCCAUUUGCUGUGUGGUGUUGGGCAAAUGACCUCACCUCUCUGGGCUUGAAAUAAUAAAAGUACCUACCUCACAGGAUCGUUUUCAGGAUUUGCUGAGAAAGAAAAUGUUUAUCAUGGACUGUGCUUUCUGCCGAGCUCAACAUGUGGUCUUUAUGUUUGGCUGCUUCUGGCCCAAUUCUAGCUGAGAAAAUGUUAAGAGUUUUUUUUUUUUUCUUUAAUUUGUGCUAAAAUACACUUAGUAGACUUUA